UCCUUCAAGGAACAGGACUUCGGAUUUUCCUUAAGGACGUAACACUGCCACCUAUCCCAAGCAUUCAAUAUUACACUGAUGGAUCUAAAAUAGAUCAACAGACAGGCUGUGCCCUUGUAGCCUUUCAUAAUGGUCAGUCAAUUUAUCAGUGGCUGGGUCAUCUCCAUGGAAAUAAUAGUGUAUUUCAAGCGGAGGCCCUAGCCAUCCUCAAAGCAGUUCAACACUGUAAAACAAGUGGUGCUAUGGAGGCAAUAAUUAUCACUGAUAGUCUUUCGUCGCUUCAAGCGAUUCAAAACCCCAGACAUUCUUCUUCGCUUAUCUCGGACAUCCAAUGUGAACUUCGUAAUCAAGUGGGAAAUAACAUCACGCUAGCUUGGACUAAGGGCCAUGCUGGGGAUCACGGUAAUACUUUGGCAGAUAAGUUAGCCAAAUCAGCUGCCGAAAAUACCGAUGCCGAGGCUGAAGAAGUGAUUCUUAAGUGGCCAACAUCUCACUUAAAACGAGCUCUUCUUUUAAAAGUUAUAUCCCAAUGGCAACUAGAAUGGGAUACUGAUGAAACCGGUCGACGAACGUACAAUCAUAUUACGUAUGUGGAUCAAUGUCGUCAGAUAACAAAUCAUCAACUAGUAAGAUAUAUCUCGGGGCAUGGUCCAUUUCCAAGCUACUUUUACAAGCAUGGAAUUGCAAAUAGUGAAUAUUGUGUCUGCGGAACUCUAGGCAUACCUGAACAUUAUAUUACUACAUGCCCGUUAACGGAGGAAUUUCACAUUCCUUUCCCUGUGGAUAAUCAACUAGCAUUUAGUGAUAUAUUUAUUUCAGAGUUCGAUUUACGCGUGACUCCAAAUUAUCCUUAA